GAUGUAGGAACCAAUAAAUAAAGAUACUAAUUAAUCUUCUCAAGAUUUAUCGAUAUGGAUUCGUAUCAAUAGCAUGAGUAUAUAAAGAUGAGCAGAAAGUCGAAACGACAUGAUUUGACGCCAGUCGACUUACAAAAAUUUAUCAAAAUGAGAACAAUUUAUUUCCUCACAUUCCUUGCUCUUCUCGUCUUCGUUGCCGUAUCGGCACAAGAAGAAGAAGCUGUUCCAAAUGAACAAAUCGAAGAAAAAUUGCAAGAAGAAGAAAAAUAUGCUUCUUGCAGAAUAGGUGGAGAUCUAGCGUGCAGUUUGAGCUGUAUUGGACAAGGUCAUGGAAGAGGAGGAUAUUGUAACAAACGUGGCACAUGUAUAUAUUUGUGUUAACAGCAUGAGUAUAUAAGAACGAGCAAAAAGUCGAAAAGACAUGAUUUGACCCCAGUCGACUUAUAAAACUUUAUCAAAAUGAGAACAAUUUAUUUCCUCACAUUCCUUGCUCUUCUCGUCUUCGUUGCCGUAUCGGCACAAGAAGAAGAAGCUAUUCCAAAUGAACAACUUGGAGAAGAAGAACUAUUUUGGUCUUGUCAACAUGGCGGAAAGAAAAUGUGCAGUACGAGCUGUGCUCUAAAAGGCAAAUGGAAAGGUGGACAUUGUAACAAACAUGGCA